AUGGACCGGGUCCUCAUUUCCUCUAAAACAUUGAGGGAUAUGUUGUCCCAGUACAGCCGGGGUGGCUGUACAGAACAACAGUUUAGGGAGAUGGAGGCUGAGGCCAAAAGGACAGCCAGCUUCCUGUCUCCACUACUGCAAUUUUUCAGCUGUGGCGGCCAUCAACACCAAGCGCCACAGGCCUACCGGUGCCUCCUCGCCGAGCUGUCCAAGUCGUCACCAACGUGUGCACUGUUACACCCCUGUACCGACUUGGACAGCCUCCUUGAAGAUGUCUCGAAGGAGCAAUCAGGGAGUAUCGUUCACCAUACAGCCUUGAUGCAUAAAUUGCACUUGCAUUGCCCCCUGCUGUGGCAGGUAUUGUGUCUUGAUGGCUUGAGGAAAGAGGUGGUACCCCUCAUUCAAGCAAUGUAUAGGGUGGCGAAACAGGCUUUUGACGGUGUGGGAGGCCCGGUCACCUGCCCAGCUGAACCUCCACAAGAGAGCGCACUGCAGUACUUCCCCCACCUCCCCAUGAAGAGGACCAGGGGAAGGUUCCUUCUAGAUAAUGGAAGAACAGAGGGUCCUCCAGAUGGAUGCAGGAAGACUAUAGGGCAUCAUUCAACCCUGAUUCCAGGGAUUUUUACGCUGUUCUGUGUCCAUGGAGUGUGCUAUGGCUUUGCCGUAAUGGAGACCUCUGAAUCGGUCAACAUCCCGUUCACCAUUUUACGGACCAGGUUCCAGUCAGGGCCCAGGGUUGUCCUCUACGACAAUGCAUGCAAACUGCAUGCAUAUGCACUUAACAGGGAUCCAGACUUCUUUAAGGAAACCUGGUUUCUGGUGGACCGUCUUCAUUGGAAGAACCACACAGGAUGCAAUGGCGGGUAUAAUAUGGACCUGUAUCCCCAGUUCUCUGCCCUAAACUCCCAGGUUGCAGAACAGUUCAAUUCACGGCUGAAACGAUUAAAGCACCAUCUUCCCUACAUGUCUCGGGAAAAUUUCAUCAGACAUGUUAAGCUGUUCCUGUGGUACCAUUCCAGACAGCAGAAGAAGAAGCAGUUCAGAAGCAUUCCAGAAGCAGAAGCAGUUUAA